UUUUGUUUUUUUUUUUUUUUUUUUGUAGGGCGGGGGGGACUGAAUCUCAAGACGCGUCAAAGGUCUGCACAUGGGGGCGGGCAAGAGCAAGCCCAAGGAGCCGGGCCAGCGCUCCAUGAGCCUGGACGGCACCAUCGGCACAGGCUCAGACAGCGGCCACUUCCACCACCUGGGCCCCGCCCAGCAGACCCAGACCCCGAACAGGAGCCCUGCCGUCGGGACAGGCAGGCGGGGGCAUCAAGGGCAGCACCAGCACGCCCCGACAAACACUCCUGAACUGGCUCUCUUUGGAGGGGUGGACCACACAGGCACCAUCACUUCACCUCAGAGAGGACCUCUGUCAGGAGGUGUCACUACAUUUGUGGCGCUGUAUGACUAUGAGUCACGGACAGCGUCUGAUUUGACCUUUAGGAAAGGCGACAGGCUGCAGAUUGUCAACAACACAGAAGGGGACUGGUGCUCUGCUCGCUCCCUGACGACAGGAGAGAGUGGUUAUAUCCCCAGCAACUAUGUGGCUCCGUCCGACUCCAUCCAAGGCAGAAGAGUAACAUCUAUCCUCUCCUUGUUUCACUCUUCCAUUUAUUUUGCAGUUUGUUUUUUUUCCAACGAAGAACAUGACGAGGAACUUCUUGGUGAUGGGAGGGAAUGUGAGACCACUAAAGGGGCAUAUUGCCUGUCAGUGCUGGAUUAUGAUAACACCAAAGGCCUGAAUGUAAAACAUUACAAGAUCAGGAAGCUGGAUAGUGGAGGUUUCUAUAUCACCUCCCGCACCCAGUUCACCAGCCUACAGCAGCUAGUCUUCCACUACCGCAAGCACUCUGAUGGGCUGUGCCACGCUCUUUCAGACGUGUGUCCUGUGGCCAAACCUCAGACGCAGGGACUGGCCAGGGAUGCCUGGGAGAUUCCCAGAGAGUCCCUCCGCCUCGACCUUAAACUGGGUCAGGGCUGCUUUGGAGAAGUCUGGAUGGGUACAUGGAACGGUACAACACGGGUAGCCAUUAAAACCCUAAAGCCUGGCACCAUGUCUCCAGAGGCCUUUCUUCAGGAAGCACAGGUCAUGAAGAAGUUGAGGCACGAGAAGCUGGUCCAGCUGUAUGCUGUAGUGUCUGAGGAACCUAUCUACAUUGUGACAGAAUAUAUGAGCCAAGGUAGCUUACUGGACUUCCUUAAAGGGGACGCAGGAAAGAUGCUUCGUCUGCCUCAGCUAGUAGACAUGUCUGCUCAGAUAGCGGCAGGCAUGGCUUACGUGGAGAGGAUGAACUACGUCCACCGAGACCUACGCGCUGCCAACAUCCUGGUGGGAGACAGCCUGGUGUGUAAAGUGGCCGACUUUGGUCUGGCAAGACUCAUUGAAGACAACGAGUACACUGCAAGACAGGGAGCUAAGUUCCCAAUCAAAUGGACCGCACCAGAGGCCGCGCUGUAUGGUCGUUUCACCAUCAAGUCUGAUGUUUGGUCUUUUGGUGUCCUGCUCACAGAGCUGGCAACUAAAGGCAGAGUCCCAUAUCCAGGUAUGGUUAACCGCGAGGUGCUCGACCAGGUGGAGCGCGGCUACAGGAUGCCCUGCCCGGCAGAGUGCCCCAGCUCCUUGCACGAGCUCAUGCUCUCCUGCUGGAGAAAGGACCCAGAAGAAAGGCCUACGUUCGAGUACCUGCAGGGCUUCCUAGAGGACUACUUCACCUCCACAGAACCCCAGUAUCAGCCUGGGGAGAACCUAUAGAACCACAAACUGAACCGAACCGAACCGAACCUGGGGGGGCGGGGGGAAGGGGAAGAACCUCAACACAGAACGAUCUGCACUAACCGACCUCAGAGGAGCACCUGUGGGAGGAUCUGAGCCUGUGAAACUCACCUGGGAGGAACUUGAGAUUCUUCUGUGGAAGCAAAACCGAGACAGAAACCUGAAGAGGUCACAUCAUGUGCCAUAAAGAAACUGCUACAGAAGAACCUUAAGAACCUCCUUUCUGCAAGCAUUCACCGUUUACCGAAGGUUUUCCUGCGGAAGUGAGGUUCAAGGCUGUGAAGGGGAACUCCUGCUGGACGGACUCUGGUUGGAUCGAGGGACUACACUGGCGGGUAGAUGUAUUUGAGAGGUGCGACCUACGUGGGAGGAAACCGAAUCAGGAUCUACAGACGGAGCGAGAGGGAAAAGAAUAAACAUCCUGUUGAAGACAGAAAGUCGAGGGAGGAUAUUUCAGUCGGACAUGAGCUGUUUAAGCGAAACCUCCCUCUUUCUAUCUUCUAUCGUGUCUCUUAACCCUCGUCUGGUACCUUCUCCGCCCACAGAAGAGCACUGCCACUGUGGCUCAGGUGCCAAAGGAAAGUCUGUCUCUCUUCACGUCCUUUAUGUUCUUUCUGCCUCUCUUCCUCUAUUUCUGCCUGACUUUCAGUAUUUCUCUCCAGUUUUCUCAAGUGCUGCUUCUUCAAAGUGUCUCCAAAUAACUCAGCUCUGGAACUCUACUUUGCAUCUUUUUAUUUAUGUUUACUUGGACGAUAUACGUCCUGUGGUUUAGGGUUUUGUUCGAUGGCAGACAAAGGUUCCUGAUUUGUCUGUUUUUUUAUUUUUGUGAUAAUCAGUAAGAAAGGUUGUUAGAACCACUAUCUAUGCCAGGAUAAACAUACUCAACAGGCAGGUUCUGUAACACUGAAAAUUAGGUUAAUUGAAUAAAAAUUCAAGGCCUUUCUCUCUUAUUUAACCCUCCUUCUUUCUUUUCUACCACGCUGUACAGCUGGAUCCAACCUGCAUGAUUUAAAAAAUGAUUUUGAUGCAGGUAGUGUUUGACCCCUUGUUUUGAGUUACCUUGAUUUUAACUGGAAAGUUGCAUUGAAACUAAUCAGCACGGUUAUAGUGGCACUAAAGAGCAGUUUUAGGAGUUUUCAGCUCAUUUCCUCAGAGGCGUAAGUGGGGUAUCUUUCAUGUAUCUUUCAUCAAACAUUUAUGUGACCUACUAAGAGGCUGAUAUGGCUACACAACCAAUCAUAUUACUGUUUAAUAUCCAACUCGGCUCAAGAUGUGAAAAAACUAGAAGUGUAAAAGCCUUCCUUGUGUGCCAAAUAAAUCACGUUUCUUUACUGCUUUCCAUGUAUAUAAUGUUUUUAUUAUCGAGGGGCUUACUUUGGGUUUUUAGUUCUUAAACUAGGCAAUUUACAAUAAAACUCUGCACCCUUUCCCCAGUAAACCUCAUGUUAAUGAGUAAACAGGACAGACAGACCUGUUACUGUUUGCUGAAGGAUUGAAAAGGUUUUUCAUUCACUUCACAGCUGUUGUGUCCAUAAAAAUAUGCAACCAGGCGGCCCUAAUGAAACUGUAAAACUUUGAUCAGGUAACCCUAAUAAAACUGUGUUUAUGACUUACUAUAAGAGGUGAUUUUAAAACCAGUUAGCAUGCUUUUGUGCCGUUCUUCUCUUGACCAUUUGGCUGGGUUUGUAUUUAUGCUGUACUGUACAUCCAACACGUGUAUGUUUACUUUACUCCAGGUUCAGGUGAGGUGAUGGGAUCACAAACAGACUUCUGAACAUGUGCCAUCAAUUCUUUGUUUUAUUUUUUUAAUAUCUUAUCCACUGCUGCCACUCCUCACUGUCAUACUGUACAUACUGUAGCUCUUUAGAGUUGGUUUUUUGUAUCAUGUAAGCCACUUUCAAAUGGUGGGGUAUUUAUGUUGGGUGUCACACAUUUCACAGUGGUUUAGUUUAUGAUGUAGUCGAUGCAGCAACAGUAGAUAUACAGUUAUAGAUUGUUGCCAACAAAUGCUAUAAAACCCAGUGAUCACAGUAUGAGCCACGCAGCCAUAAGAGAGAUGGUCCACGCCCAGUAACAGCAAGUUCUUAUCCAGCGAUGAUGAAUCCUUGUGGCUAAUUUUAAUCAAUAAUGUGGGUGAUUCUAAAAUCUCGAUGAAAACAGAGUUUGGGUUGUGAUAUGAAAUGAAAAAUGAGGUCAAAGAUGUAAAUAGUAUCUUAAACAAAUGACUGUGACUAUCAUGUAAUUUGUUUUUGUGUAGUUUUUCUUUAAUUGCUCCUCCAUGUUGAGGUUUUUACAGUGAUGCACGCCUGUUCCCAAAAUGUUCUAAUAUUAAGAUGCUACUGUAAAUGGGGCUUAAGGGAUGUUUUCUUUUUUUUUUAAUAUUGGACUUAUUAUAAAAUCCUAUCUGCAAAAGACAAUUUAAAAUUGGGCUUGACGUGUAUAUUUCCGAGAACAUAUUUAUCAGUGCUUUCCUCUUUUAGAUUGGGAAAUACCCAAAUCUGCCGCACUGAGCCGCCUGUAAGUCACUGCGACAAUGUGGAAGUUAACGGGCUCAUGACAAGUAUGAGUAACACCAAGGUCUGAUUGGAUUUUCUGUGCCAUAUUAAAGAAGUGUCUCGCCCUUUUUUUAUGUUUUUUUUUUUUUUUGGUUUUAUUUUUAUAAAUCUAUGCAGUUUCAGUCUGGCAUUCCUGCAACUUCAUGGCCAUUUUGUUCUAAAGUCGAUAACAAUGAUCAUAAACAGAAGGUGUGAGCAUUUUGUAAGGACUUCUUUCGUCUUUUUUUUUUUGUUUCCGAUGUAACAGGAUUGAAAUGGGUAUCGUGCCACUUUAUGUUGAUCUUUAAAUGUGCAAUAAAUUAUAUUUCAAAUGUGUUU